AUGGCUCCUAGCAAACAACCUCGAUACGAUAGUUCGCCUUCACCACGCGCGAGACCAACUUUCGGCACGAAGAUUAACAAUACUGGGGCUGUUGGCCAGACAUGGGGAAGUAAGGCGAGGACAACGUCGGGUGGGAGUUGGAUGAAGAGACUUAUGGAAGAGGAAAUGGAAUUGAAUGGGGAGGAAUCGAGUGUGGAUAUUGAGGGUGUCGCGAGGGAUAUUGGGAAGUUGAGAGAUGAGGAGACUAAUGGGACGGGUAGAGGUUGGGAUACGAACCUUGAGUUUACGGCGAGGAGUAUGGAAUUUGAUCAGAGUCCGCGAUUAAAGUUGGCGUCGAUUCCGAGUAGGAUUGAGGAGAUUAUGGCGGAAGAGAGGAGUUUUGACGAGGAGGAGGAGGAGGAGGAGGAGGAGGAUGGGGAGGAAGAAGAAGACGGAGGCGCGGAUGCUGUUAAGGUUCAUGAAAGGCCGCUAAGGAGGCAACACUUUGAUAAACCGGAGAGUCGGAAUGGUUCGCAGGCGGUAGAGAAAGAGAAUGAGAUUAACGAUACAGCUCGCGCGAAAUCGAGAGAAAGGAAAGAUCUUUUGCGAAAGGAAUUGAGAGACCGGCGCGAGGAGCGGAGAACUGUCACUUCAUAUGAGAGUGAAGAUAAUAAGGUUCCACAGGGAAGGCAGGAAGAAAUCUUGCGAAACAAGUUACCCGGGGAACGAAGAUCACAAAGCGGUGAUUUCUCGAGAAAUAAUCCAGUGCAUGUCGACAUGCCCGUACGCAGCAUGCGUAAUAAUAACGAGAAUGUUGUGCCGCAGGAAGAGAGGCCGCUGUCGCGGCUAGCAAGAAGAUACCAGGGGGAAGACGGUCUGAGCGCGAUACAGAGAGCUCGCCAAAAUAGGGCGAGGAAUGAUUACAACCUUAGAGUUGCGGAAAGUGCUGAAGAACCAAUGACCGAACACGGUCAUAGAGCUCCAGAAAGUACCGAGCCACAACCAAGGACCGACUAUAAUCAUAGAGCUCCAGAAAUUGAACCGCGAUCAAGGACUGAUUACAGUCAUAGAGCUUCAGAGAGUACUGAACCUCGACCAAGGACCGAUUACAGUCAUAGAGAUCCAGAAAAUAUUGAACCACGACCAAGGACAGAUUACAACCAUGAAACUUUGGAAAAUGUCGAGCCACGAUCAUCGGAACGAGCUGAAACUAACGAAGAAAAAGAGGAGAUGCACAAAAAAACGAUACUGAAGGAAGAAGGACAAAGGAUACAUGAAACUCCUACUGCGAUAUUUGGCGGCAAUGAGAGACGCCCAAAUGGACUGAACUCCAAACAAGAAGAUUCUCUUGCAAUUUUAAGGAAUCUUUCUAAAGCUAUCACGGGUACAAAUGGAAGCGGGAGAACCAGUCCUGGUAGAUCAAACAAUGAUCUUGAAACUCGAAUAUCAUCAGAAAGAUCCCCUUUCGAGCUCGAACAUGUCUCCCAGAGACUUCCAAAUUCCGCACCAACUCCACCUGCAUCCGUACCCAUCGAUCCGCUCCUAUUGCCCACCCCAAGAGUUACAGGCGGAUGGGUCGAGACACCCGCACCACCACGAAUUCGUACCAAUAAUAAAACAACCAAAGAACAACCUCAAAUAAAAGAGGAAUCUUCAUCGGCACGUAGCAAUAGUGAGCCCUCCAUACCCUCCCAAUCACAUUUGCGAACCCGUCCAACCCCAACAAACAGUGCUCCUACAGUCUCCGCCGCCGCCGACCUCCAACGUAUAGAAAAAGAAGCUCGAGUCGAUGAUUCUACUACUAUCGAUCGAGAUUUCUCUUUCCUGAUAAAGAAUCAACCCCCAUCUCCUCCGACGUUAGAAAGUAUAGAAAUUAAUUUUGAUGAAAAUGGCCAGCCACUAUCCCAAAAGGAGAAAGAAAGAAGAUUGGAGGAAAUAUCGUUCCAGCGUAUGAGUCAGAGUUUAAAACAUACUUCAAGCAGCAUACGAGAUGCCAGACAUGGAAUCGAAAGAUUGGAACAACAAGUCGCAUCUUCAGGUUUAUAUUCCCAUUCCCUAAAAGAACUCGGCAUUUCACCAAAAUCAUCAUCUCGUCCCUUUUUCCUUGAUGCUCCUCCCAACCCCGCCAUAAACCCAAAUGUCCACUACCUCGUCAUCCCUAUGCCCCGCCUCCGCUAUCCUGGAACUGGAAAAUUUACUUGGUUUGGUUUACUGUUCACGAUAUUCAUAACGUGGUUUAUAACCGAAUGGGCAAUGUGUGAAACGUAUUGUCAUCCCAAAUACUCCAAUAAAGAUGUUUGGCACCCCUCGGAUCCAUUUUGGCCCUGGGCCAUUCCGACGAAAAUGGAUCAGUGGACCGGGAAGGUGGUUAGUGGGGGAAUGGCAGAUGCUUGGGAUUGGUGGGAGGGAUAUGAUGAGGAGAUAAGGGCUUGGAAAGAGAAGUCUAAGAGAGAACUUGAAAAUAUGGCGCCUAAGAUUGUGGAGAUGGAAGAAGAUGAGGUGGUGGAAGAGGUGAUGGAUGAUAUACGAAUAAACAGCGCAGGCGGAGGCGGUAAGGGGGGAGGCAGUUGGUGGAGUUGGGAUCAAGAUGAGGUUUUAUAG